GUUACCACACGUGCUGUCGAUAUUUUGCACCAUUGUCACAUCAUUUUGCCAAGCUACUGGAUAGCGAGUUUAGGAAGGAGACUGCUAGUAUCUCCAAUGUUGUGUUGCAAUGCAUCAGUCUCCCCAACAAAGCUUCUGAAUGAGCUUAUAACUACUCGCCACCAAAGCUUAUGAUAAAACCUGCUCGCGCCCUCCUUGGCUAAAGAGUUUCUUGGAUGUCACAGGCAGCCACCAUGAAGUUUUUAAGUGUUGUUUGGUUAGCUAGCGUUUCUGGCGCCUUGAUUCGAGUAGGUCGUGACGGAAAGGCCUCAUAUGAAGGCUAUAAGGUUUAUAGGGUGAACACGAACGAUCGCACGAAUGAGCUAAGUUCAGCAUUUGAGGGUCUAUCUGUCGUCGAACUCAACCAUAACGGUGGAACAGUCGAUAUUGCAAUUCCACCGGAGCACCUUGAGCCCUUUGAUACGCUCAAUUUUACUACUACAGUGCUGAGUGACAACUUAGGAGCUGAUAUUGCGGCUGAAGGUCCCUUGGGAAGCUACCCAGAACUUGACGAAAAUGGUGUUCCGUCAAUAUCCUGGUUUGAUUCGUAUCACGCAUAUGAAGACCACAUCCAAUACUGGAGCGACCUCCAGGCGUCAUUUCCCGACAAUUCGGAGCUUAUCCAAGUAGGGCCCUCGUUCGAGGGGAGACAAAUUCAAGGUAUCCAUCUCUGGGGAAGCAGCGGUAAGGAUUCAAAACCGGCCAUCUUCUUCAACGGAAAUGUCCAUGCUCGAGAAUGGAUCACCUCAAAGGUUGUCGAGUAUCUACUUUAUCAGAUUGUCAUCGGGUACAAGAAUGAUACGACAGUACAAGCAGCCCUAGACAACUACGAUUUCUAUGUUCUGCCUGUGGUGAAUCCCGACGGCUUUGUGUAUUCCCAGACGACCAACCGCCUCUGGAGGAAAAAUCGCCAGACACGAGAUAACACUACAGCGGUCGGCACGGAUAUAAACCGUAACUGGUCCGUCGGGUUUGGUGGCGGCGGUUCUUCAUCAAACCCUGAUUCAGAGACCUUCAGCGGCUAUCAACCCGGAGACGCACCGGAAACAGCUGCGUUGAUGGCUUACGCGCAGACUCUGGCUAGCGAUAAAGGCAUCAAGCUGUAUAUCGAUUGGCACAGCUACGCCCAAGUGAUAUUGCUCUCGUAUGGUUACAGCUGUGACACGUUUCCGCCGAACUAUGACAGGCAAGUCAGUCUUGCGGGCGAAACAGCUGCAAGAAUCGCACAGCCAUACAACACGACAUUCGAAUAUGGAUCGGGCUGUCUCGUCCUUUACCAGUCGAGCGGGAACGGUAGAGAUUACAUGACUGACGCGGCUGGAGCUGAGUUCGGGUGGGGAAUAGAGCUUAGAUCGACUCCGUACGGCUUCGUGCUUCCUGCCGACCAGAUUUUGCCGAGUGGUAUUGAAAUAUGGGAAGGUAUGAAAUACCUAUGGGCGAAUUUGUAAUUCGAUGGGAAAAUUAGGGAUAGUCUGGGGCUAGCACGUAGCAUGGCCUUCACCUCAUUUCUUCACAGCUACCUAGGUAGCUAUUUAUAUCGAUGGAUUUCCAAUAUCACCGUCUUAUUAGAGCUGUGGCUCUUGCAGGAGUCUUUCACACUUCCAGAUAGUAUGGUGAUUCAAGGGUCGGCUUCAUAUAACAACAUCAGUGCCGUGUCUGCUCCAUAGGGUUAAGAGACUACUAAGUAUGAUAACCAUAGACAGUAAUUGGGC